AUGGAUUCUCCAGAAAUGGAGGUGGAAGUGGAGUUGGAGGCCAACCAAGGAGGUUCUGAAGGAGUCACUGCCACUAAUCCUGACUUGUCAACGUCUGAGGCUCCUUUUUCUUUUAGAUCAUUUUUUGGUUUUGAUGAUUUAAAAAUGGGACCUGGUGAAAUUGGACCAGAUGCUGAUGCACUAGCUGCGCAGAUCCUCUCUUUACUUCCAUUAAAGUUUUUCCCAAUCAUCGUCAUUGGAAUUAUUGCCUUAAUCAUAGCAGUGGCCAUUGGUCUGGGCAUACACUUCAAUUGCUCUGGGAAAUACAGGUGCAGAUCAUCUUUUCAGUGUAUUGACCUGACAGCAAGGUGUGAUGGUGUAUUCAACUGUAAAGAUGGAGAAGAUGAAUACAGAUGUGUCCGUGUCAGUGGCCGCAAUGCUGUACUGCAGGUGUUUGUGGAUGCUGCGUGGAGAACGAUGUGUUCAGAUGACUGGAAAGGUCAAUAUGGACUGAUAGCCUGUGAACAAUUGGGUUUUUCAAGCUAUAUAAGUUCACGUACCAUGAGGUUAGAGUCAGUCGAGGAGGAAUUGCAAGAGGAAUUUGUUUCCAUGAAUCACCUCAUACCCGAAAAUAAGGUGACCUCUUUACACCAUGCAGUAUAUGUGAGGGAGAAUUGUGCAUCUGGACGUGUAGUCAUCUUAAAGUGUACGACCUGUGGUCUGAGGAUAGGCUAUUCCCCACGCAUAGUCGGUGGAAACAUGUCAUCCCUUAUGCAAUGGCCCUGGCAGGUUAGCCUCCAGUUCCAGGGAUAUCAUCUCUGUGGUGGCUCUCUCAUCACUCCUGUGUGGAUUGUUACUGCUGCCCAUUGUGUUUAUGACCUGUACAUGCCCAGUUCAUGGACCAUACAAGUGGGUUUGGUGACCUUACUAGAUACUCCAGCUCCUUCUUAUUCAGUGGACAAAAUCAUAUACCACAGCAAAUAUAAGCCAAAAAGAUUGGGGAAUGACAUUGCUCUAAUGAAAUUAGCUGUACCUCUCACUUUCAAUGAUAUGAUUCAACCAAUUUGUCUGCCUAAUUCUGAAGAGGAUUUCCCUGAUGGGAAAAUGUGCUGGACAUCAGGGUGGGGGGCCACAGAAGAGGGAGGAGAUGCCUCGACAGUCUUGAACCAUGCGGCAGUUCCUUUAAUUUCAAACAAGAUUUGUAAUCAUAAGGAUGUGUAUGGUGGAAUCAUCGCUCCUUCAAUGGUCUGUGCAGGUUAUUUACAGGGUGGUGUAGACAGUUGUCAGGGUGACAGUGGAGGACCUUUGGUCUGUGAAGAGAGGAAGAUUUGGAAGUUGGUAGGGGCUACCAGCUUUGGAAUUGGCUGUGCUGAUGUAAAUAAACCAGGGGUCUACACCCGUAUCACUUCUUUCUUGGACUGGAUACACGAACAGAUGGAGAGGGAACUAAAAACUUGAAGACUGCAUGGAUGGGCCCCGGGAUUAUUUUUCACACUUUGAAUUUCUACUCUACAGCACGUCUGUCCUCUCCUCCUGAAGACUGAUAUGUAGAACUUAACUUCUGGCUAAGAUCAGAGGUCUCCAUUAUUCUCCUUGAGUAUUCACAACAGUGCCUGGCAGAGAGUAAGAACUUACAAAUGUUUUACCUAGCUAUCACAAAUAACAGGAACCACGCACAACACACUGAUUUUUCUCAAGGAAUUUUAUAAUCAUGUGAUUGAAAAUUAAAUAAAUGUGCUAUUUUAGAUUAAAUAUCAUGGUACUAGACACCAGGCCACCAACAAAACUUCCUUCUUUCAAAAUCUAUUUAUAUGUCAAAAUUAUGUUCAUUAAUAAAUCAUUUUCAUGUAUUAAAAA